CAGGUGACGACGAGUCGGGCAACGAGUCAAGAUUCUUCGGAUUCCACCUGUGCAUAGAACUAAUAAAAAUUAGUUCACUGUCGCCGCUGCUCGACUCGCCGAUCCGAUCUUAGCUUUUAUAUAACAGUUUACAAAUAGAAGCAUCGACAUGCCAAUCAACGUCAAGAUAUCCCUCUGCAAGAUCACUAGGGCAAGCAAGUUGUUCCAGCGCAAUUACUACUUGCCCCUACUCAAGCCCUUGUCGCCCAAAGACGCAUUAAGGAGAAAAAUCAUCACCGGGGAGAACGUUUUAGGGAGCCGCAUCGAACAUUACAUCCCCGUACUCAAACCUCACGAAGAGAAACUUGCCGAGAAGAAACGACGUGGCAAAGGGGUCCCGGUGAUUAAAAAGAAAAUAAAACGAAAUGAAAACAUACGAUAUGUCGAACCAUUCCUGGACGAGAACAUGGAAGGGCACCCGGCGGUCAACAACAUUCUGGUACGUAAACCCCGGGGGCGCGGACAGUAUUAUGUAUAUGAAUGCACCGACAAAGGAUGCAAUCUAGUUAUUAGCUACCAAAUGGAAAAAGCCAUCAAGGAUAAAGACAUUGUGGACAUAACUAUCGCUCAACGCAGCGAGAAAAUUCUAAUUAAGCUGGCGAACGGGCUCAAGGUAACCGUCCCGAUAGCCCCAUUCAACCAAAACUGCACCCUCUACAGAGGAUCAGGCUGGACCAAGGAGCACGUGGAACAAGAACACCACCACGGCAAAGAGACCUUCUCCAUAGCGAAGCUGUUUGAGGCCAAAGAGUCUGGCGUGGAAGAAUGGGAGUUGGAGAUGAUGCGGCUGGCAAACAAACGCAAGAAGAAGGUCAAGGGUGAGGACAGCAUGGACUGGAAGGCCAUGAUGAGUGGCUGCUUGGAAAACAUGGAUUGGGACAAGUUUGAGGAGGACACGAAACAAAUCGUUGUCGAACAAGAGGAAACCGUCGAAGAAGAAAACAUCCCCAUGGAGGUGGAUGAUAUGGAAAAAACUAGACACGUCAACGAGAAACUGAAAGAGGGCGGUGAAGCUGUGCUGGAGCAACUCCCAACUAUGCUCGAGGUACCCCAGGUCAUAAAGAACUUUGAAAGUGGUGAAAUGGAGGAAAUGGUAAACGUAUCUGGGGCCAGAGUACAAAUUCCUGAUGGACGCUCUUGCUUCGUCCCAGGUCAGAUCGUUAAAACAGACGAAAAUGAAAUAUUCGUGCCUGGUCAAACUGUCGAACAGGAAGACGGUACCUCCGAAUACACGCCUGGCAUCACCGUACUUUUAGAAGGUGAACCCACGUUAAUUCCAGGUUUGGUAAUGGGCGAGGAGGAAUCUCCAGCAAUGUUCUUGCCAGGAGAAUCGACUAUUACAGAGGAAGGUCAACUCAAGUUCGAAGCGACCGACGACGAUCUCCCACCAGCGCGUCGUCGCAGAGAGUUGACUCCCAGUCCUCCCCCACCACCGAAACCGAAACCACGCGUAAUCAAGGAUGAAGAAAUAGUCAUUAAGCGUCGUACCUUUGAGGAACCGUCAGAGCCUUUGAUUAAGGAACGCGUCAAGAAACGACCUCCAGUUGAAAUGAAACCUAAAGAGCGGACACCUCCGAGGGAGGUUUUCAGACCUGAGAGACAACCAGUCGAAGAUCCCUUAAAGGUCUUGGAGGAGCAACGGAGAUUACGUGAGGAGGAGGAAAAGAAACGGAUGAAGGAACGACAGGAGGAGAAGAUACUUAAGGAGGAGAGCAAGGUGAUGAAAUUACGCAUGGAGGUUCGGAAGAAGUGCAAGGAAAUGAAGAUCGAGAAGCCCCCGAAGUACGAGCCAUUGCAGCCGGUGAAAAAGAGCGCUAAACUGGAGGAAUUGGAGCUGAGCAUUAAAAAGGGCACCUUCUUCGAUGAUGAUAAGACGAAGGAUAUCAUCGAGAGGGCCAAAACUCAGACCAGGAUGUUAAAGUAUCAAAAGUUUCUGAGCUCGUACAGUUCAGAUUUUGACUUUAAGCGGCACUAAGUUUAGUUUUGGUGCGGCGGCUGCUCCGGACAUUUUUUAUUUUAUCAGCCGACGGCACACAUACAGUUUUUUAGAAGGGGGAUUCCAUCCAGCAGAACUGCCGCUGCGACGCCGGUGAUCCAGUAAUAGACGAGCGCCGCGACGGAAUUCAUCACGCACAUCUCGACUCACCACGAACCUAAAAUUCCGAACGAAAAAUCCGCUUCUAUUUGUAAACAGUAGUUCAUUCGCCUAUUUGUUUAAUUUAAGUUUAUUUUUUAAGUGUUAUCAUAAGAACCGGAAAAAGUUUUAAAUAAAAAUCUGUAAAAUGGUCAA